CCUCAGUACUUCUUCUUCUUCUUCUUUAUAUACCCAACUGUUCUCUUCCGUUUAUUGAAGAAAUAUGGGUUCUGCAUUGUUUUACUGCCUUCUUUGUGUUAUGGGGCUCUUUCCUGCUCUGUCCUUCUCUCAGGAUGACUUUGUCAGCUCUAGAGCAACCUACUAUGGCAGCCCUGAUUGCUAUGGCACCCCAAGUGGUGCUUGUGGGUUUGGAGAAUAUGGAAGGACUGUAUAUGAUGGCCAUGUUUCUGGGGUCUCUAAGCUUUGGAGAAAUGGCACUGGCUGUGGUGCUUGUUACCAGGUUAGGUGCAAAAACCCAGAGCUCUGUGCUGAUGAUGGUGUGAACGUAGUUGUGACUGACUAUGGAGAAGGAGACCACACUGACUUCAUUCUCAGCCCACGAGCCUACACACGGAUGGCGAAGUCCGGUGACAAGGCAGGGCAGCUCUUUGCUUACGGAGUCGUGGAUGUAGAUUACCGGAGAGUCCCCUGUAGCUACCCUGGUCAUAAGACUAUCUUCAAGGUGCAUGAGAACAGCAAUUACCCUAAUUACUUGGCCAUAAUCAUCUUGUACCAAGCUGGCAAAAACGAUGUCUUGGACAUUCAAAUUUGGCAGGAGGAUUGCAAGCAAUGGACUAGCAUGAGAAGGGCAUAUGGGGCGGUGUUCGACAUGGCGAGUCCGCCAAAGGGGCCGGUGUCGUUGAGGCUCCAGGUGAGCAGCAGUGCUGGCUACUACACUUGGGUGGAGGCCUGGAAUGUCAUUCCAAGUGAUUGGAAGGCUGGGGUUAUUUACCAAUCAGACAUUGAACUAAAAUAGAAUGCCUGUUUAAGUAGGGGGGUGCUGGCUAUUUCCGUUUCUGAAAUAUAUAUAUGUGUGUGUGUGUAACAGUUGUUAAUUGUUUGUUGUCAUCAAGUAUGUAAGGCAAGCAAGUGCCCUUUGCCUCUAUCAAUAAAAACUGGGAUUCGAU